UUGGAAAAACCAGCGUACUGCUUCGCUUCCAUCUCUUUCCUUUUCUCUUCCAUUGCUCUCUUUUCUUCUCUCUGUUUCCACGACGCCAUUGAAACCCUCGUUCUGUGUUUUAGAUCCAUUGCGUCUCAAUCUGUUUAAGGUUUUUGCAUUCAAACUUGUUUUCUCCGAUUCGAUUUGCCUGGAUUUUUUGGCGAACACAGGAGGGCUCUGUUUUCGUCUCUCUCACAUUUUGGAACCCGAUUGCCUGUUUGAUUCUAUCUCGCAAUCAAUCGUUACUCUUCUGUGCUUCGGGAUUUUGAUUCCAAUCUGAUUGGUUUUUAGCGAGAUUGUUACUUUGUGCAUUUCCUUGACUUUUAUUGUGGAUUUUAGGACUGCGGAUUGCGAUUUUCCGGAGCUGUUUUUCGUUUGGUUUUCGAAAUAUAAUGUUAGGUGCUGGCUUGCAGUUUGGUCGUGGUUGUGGUGAUGAUAGGUUUUACAAUUCGACGAAAGCUCGUAAGGUGCAUCAGGGACGUCAAAAUGAUCAGCUCCGUAGAGCUCAGAGCGACGUUUCUGCAGGUCAAUCUCCUGUGGUUAAACCGACUACGGUCUCCUCGGUGACUAGAGAAACCGAGAGCGGAGAUGCGUGUGAUGAGCUCCCCAAAUCUAUUUCGAUGUCGGCCUUUGAGCCAGUGGUAUCGUCGCUGAGUAAUCUGCAGCGGUUUUUGCAGUCUAUCGCGCCAUCUGUACCUGCACAGUACCUCUCAAAGACAACGGUAAAGGGUUGGAGAACCUGUGACGGAGAAUUUCAACCAUACUUUGUCCUAGGUGAUUUGUGGGAGUCUUUUAAGGAAUGGAGUGCUUAUGGUGCAGGUGUGCCUCUUGUACUAAACGACAGUGACAGUGUUAUCCAGUAUUAUGUACCAUAUUUAUCCGGUAUACAGAUAUAUGGUGAAUCCUUGAAGUCCUCUGCAAAGUUAAGGCAACCAGGUGAGGACAGUGAUAGUGAUUUCAGAGAUUCUAGUAGUGAUGGUAGUAGUGAUUCAGAAGCUGAACGAGCUCUAAAAUACAUGGAGAAACAACUCAAUCAUCACAACUUAUCUUCUGAGCUUUCUCGUAGAAUGGAUAGGAUAUCUUUGCGGGACCAGCUAAUUGGACUUCAAGAAGACUGUUCUAGUGACGAGGCUGAAUCUCCUAAUCCUCAAGGCCAGCUACUAUUUGAGCAUCUUGAACGGGAUUUGCCUUAUAGUCGUGAACCUUUAGCAGAUAAGAUAUCAGAUCUUGCCUUCCAGUUCCCUGAGCUCAGGACAUUACGAAGUUGUGAUCUAUUGCCUUCCAGCUGGUUUUCUGUGGCAUGGUAUCCAAUUUACAGGAUUCCAACUGGACCAACAUUAAAGGAUCUGGAUGCCUGCUUCCUCACCUUUCAUUAUUUGUCUACGCCAAUGGGAGGGGGACGCAGUGUACAAGGUCCUGUACUAACGUAUCCCAGUGAGAUAGAUGGUAUCCCUAAGAUGUCACUGCCAGUUUUUGGUCUAGCUUCAUACAAGUUUAGAGGGUCUUUAUGGACUCCAAAUGGCAGAUACGAGUGGCAAUUGGCAAAGUCACUUUUGCAGGAUGCUGAGGAUUGGUUAAGACAACGCCAAGUAAACCACCCCGACUUCCUCUUCUUCAGGCGACGGUGAAGUUCUCGUAACGUCUACGAAAUCUGAAGGUGGGAAUCAAGACAUCAUAGUAUUCAGUACCAUGUUGUGAUUUGUGGGCACUGUUCUAAUUUUGGAAAAUGGGAAGGAAAAAGGAAAAGGAAAAAAAAAAAAAGAAAAAGGAAAAGAACAAUUUGGGAUGGAAUUGGAAGUGGGGGAGGAUGGUGGAUGUUGAAUUAAACAAGGCUCAAUCAAAGGUCAAAAUUGGAAGAAGCAAUAAGGGAAAAGCAAAAAAUACAGUUGGAUGAAAGUUGUUGCAAACCAUUGCUCAAAGUCGGACGAACUUGGUGCUUUUGCUGCAUAGCAGGUUUUAUCCUCUCUUUUUCCUCUUUUUAAGUUACUGAAAGUUUUUUCUUUAAUAAGUUAUUAACCGUAGGUGAAAUGCAAGAAAAAAGAAACAGGCCUUUUUUACUGUCCUGAGGAUGUUUAGAAUGUAAAGUAUGGAGAGGGGAUUUUUGAUAGGAAGGUUAUGUUAGGAGUAAGCUAUGGAUCCCCCUCCCCAAUGUAUUUGGAUGCUUGUUAUGUGCCUUAGUUACUAUCGAAAAUUGUAUAAUUUGUUAUGAAGAGCUUCGUUAUCAACGAACCAUUAAUUCAAGCUCCAUCGUUUUAUUC